AUGGCUUCAUAUUCGAUCAAUGCCGGUUUUGGGACUUUUUCGUCAGCAAUAGCCCUUUUCUCUAUAGGGGCCCUUAUUAUGAGAGGAGCAGGCUGCACGAUUAAUGAUAUUCUAGACCGUAAAUUAGAUAACCAAGUUGCUCGUACUAUGGAAAGACCUAUUACCAGUGGUAGAGUAUCUGUUCCACAAGCAUCUGCUUGGUGCGUGGCCCAGUGCCUUGCUGGCCUCGUUGUCUUGUUGUCAUUACCUUUUGAAUGUUUCUAUUUGGGUGCAUUAUCAUUACCAUUUGUUGCAACUUAUCCACUUUUCAAAAGAUUCACCUAUUACCCCCAAGUAAUGAUUUCCAUAUGUUUUAGUUGGGGCUGUCUUUUAGGAUUUCCAGCGGUUCAUGCUCCAGUUGAUUUAUUAAUUGCUGGACCAUUGUUUGUUUCAAACUUUCUUUGGAGCAUGAUCUACGAUACCAUUUAUGCUCAUCAAGACAAAACAUUCGAUAUAAAAGCUGGUAUAAAGUCAACUGCUUUGGCUUGGGGUGAUAAAACUAAACCUAUUCUCUAUGGAUUAGGUACUGCUCAAGUGGCAGCUUUCACCACAGCUGGAUUUAUGAGCGGUUUCGGCCCAUUCUUCUACUUGGGAGCUGCUUGGGGGUUUUCCAGAUUGUUUUCUCAAAUUAGAAAGGUAAAUCUUGACGAACCAAAGAGCUGUUGGAAUACUUUCAUUGGAAAUAUUAGAACCGGUCAAAUUUUAUGGCUUGGAAUGCUCAUUGACUACAUUUUAAAAGUUUUCGGAUUAUUAUAA